UCUAGGGACAAGCCGGAGGUGAUGGACCAGAAGAAGAACAUACUCAAGCUUCCUCUUGAGUCGGGCAUUUCGGUUUCCAAAGCCGAGUUGAUCGACAGGCUCGCCGAAGGUGUUGAAGACAAGGACAGCUUCAAGCAACUGUGCAAGAGAAUCGAAAGGCUGCUACUUAAACAUCGAGACGAGGAGUACAAGGAGCUCAAGGCGACCUAUGCGAAGUUAAAUCCUCGUGACAGUGAGCUCCCAGUUGACGAGUUUAAUGUUGAAGCUCACGAGCAAUUUCUACUAAAGUUUUUCCAGCUCAUGGAGCGAGGGAGAUACAAGCAACUCACGGAUGAAGAGUGGAGUGUGGCGACCUCCAGCCGUUACCUUCUCAAACUUCGCAUUCGGAUUGACCGCAAUAAGCUCGACACGAGGUUCCUCUCCAAUUUCACCAAAAACCAGUUUGUUAUCUUCCAUCGAGGUGUAAGCACGGACCAACAAUCUGGCUUGUUUGUCCUCCUGAAACUGGAGGCCCUCUGGAGAAGUCUGAAAAACUACAUUGUCGACGCUCUGUGCGAGAGGCCGGUCGUCCAGGCCACGCCUUCCAGGAGCGCACUGGAAGCUGGGGAGACGAGGUUUCAGGAAGUGGAAAGAUUUCAUGCGGGUGACAUCAGGCUAAGCGACCUCUUCCGCAAGGCGCGGGUACAGGAGCCUAUUUACAAGCACGUUGUGGUCCUCUACAGGUAUGAUUUCUAUCUCUCUUGUUUUCUUUUUCUUUUCUUAUCCAGACCAUUGAAGAGAAAAAAGAGAAAAGUGUUCUCCAGGCGCCUGGAGCAUGGAAUUCGUAUCAAGCACUACGUGGAUGUGCCUUUGGCGGACAUGGAGCUCGUACUCCCCGCGAAGAAAGCUCUUCGACCGAGUGGAGCAGACGUCUUGACUUUCGUCCUCUUCGUGAUCUUUGGCUCGGUUAUGUUUAAGGUCCUUCAGAGAAAGCAGCCAUCAGUAGCAGCUGCUAUCUUGGCAGCGUGCAUUCUUUACUGCGUAGCACUAGUAACAACCUUUGUACUACGGGUGCGAAGAAUCAAAAGGAUGCUAAAGGAAAAGCUCGUCCGUGACAAGAGAGUUGAAAAGCACCGGGACGUUUUGAUCAGCUUGAUCAAGGACACGAUUCAGCAAGAGGUGAAGUUGGCGAUUGUGGCUUAUUUCGCUCUCAUGAAAACAGCGCAUGGAGCAGCCUCCAAGGAGGAUCUGUACUUUAAAUGCAGGCAGCUAAUGGAGGACAAAUUCAAAGACAAGUUGAUACUUGGAUUGGACGAGACGCUCGUCAAUCUGGACAAGCUUGGGAUCAUCUGGCGAGACGAAAAGGGAGCAAUUCGCCACACCGAGGCAAACCAAGUAACCGACAACCACUUCGUUCCACUCGAGGAUUAGGAGGUUAUGUUUUCUAGUUUCUCUUUUUUAUUCUUUUUCUUUCGUGCCUGUCACCGCCAGAGGCCUGUUCUUUCCAUACCGAUCAGAGACUUCUUCAAGCUAGCUGUAGCUAUGGCUUCGGCGACCAAUCUAUUCUUUUCUUCGUUACGAUCCAGGCUCACAGACAAUGUCUGUGUUGGCCGGAAAGAAAAAAAAAAUGAAAAAGAAAGCUCCGUGAUCCAGAGACAUUUGUUUGGGUUUCUUCUCUUCCAAAACUAGAACGGGGAUGAUAAAGCU